UGCACACUUCUCCCUUCAAGGGCAUGACCUACUAAACGUACCUAAAUUGAGUCUUGAGACCUCGUGGCAGGAAUGGUGGAAUAUCUCCAGCAGAAAGAAGGGUAGUUCGUACUACGCUAUCCAACCGGCAGUAAAAUCGAAACCGUGGUUUACUCGUUUUAAAAAAUACCCUAAACAAGUUAUUUCGGUUCUAUGCAGGAUACGUUUAGGACAUUGUUGUACUCCGGUCUUCUUGCGCAAAAUUCGGGUGCAGGACUCAUCUCUCUGCGAGUGUGGACUGGAUGAGGGUUCCCUGGACCAUAUAUUUUUUAAUUGUCCCAAUAACUCAUCUUUUGAUUUAUAUGGUCGUCUCCAAAAACUGAAGAUUCCUCUCCCUACUAAUUUCCGUUCCCUCUUAACUUACUCCUGUCCAGAACUGCUCCAGGCGCUAUUGAUGUCCAUCCAUCGUAAUAAUAUUAAAUUAUAAACUCUGGCCUAUCUAUUUAGACCACUGUUUGUAUAAAUGUGUGCCGUCCUACUAACACGAUAAGUUACACAAGUUUGACUACAACAUCAACUUAAUUUUGUCUUUUUGUCAAUCACAAGCACUACUUGCUUCUCCUUCCACUUGUCAUUGGCAGAAUCGUCGACGUUUGCAUCGACAUGGAUUGCCAUAAAUAAAAAUAGAAUAGAAAAGUAAUCAUGUCUAGAGCCUAAAGAUUUUGUAGCUAAUAUUGAUCUUGAUAAAAAUACUGGUAAAAUACUUACCUAUGGUGGUCAAAAUUUGUUUCUUUUCGUCGAUUAGGUGAACGGAAAAAAACUAAAUCUCACCUUAAAACAACCACUGAUAACUAGAAAUGGUAAAAAUAGUAAACAUUUUAAGGGCAACGAUAAUGCCUUUAAACACACACCUGUUCACGAUAGCUAAGUGGCCAUUAAUGUAAGGGAUACUACACCACUUUAUACUAAUGACAAACUCACCUAAAACGUUAUCGCAUCAAGUAAAUAGAACUGUUCGAAUGACUCAACCGCUGAGUCGGCGAAAGUGGCUUCUUUUUUUUUACACUGGCUGCCAGGCGUCGAAACUCAGGCAUGUCCGUCACUAUACACUGCACAGAACCAUGGCAGUCGAAGGCGUAAUGGUAACAUACAACUACUCAAACAACGGCGAAUAUGCGAACAUCCUCACAGUAUCAGCCUCAGGCAUCAGAUUCUCCGAGCGCUGGGUGCUGACACACGGCUCCAUCCUAUCUCCCUUAAAAGAGGCCAAGAUAGUCAAAAAGGCUAAAGGAAAACCUAUCCUCAGUGAUGAGUUCUACGCAAACCUACCAGAGAUGUACGUCACGUGUGAGAAAAGACAAUCACAGCAUCCGAACAUUUAUGAGAGCGUUGAGAAGUUGAGCAGGGAACGGAAUAAGAGUCAAGGAGAUUUUGAGCAUAAUAGCUACUUGAUUAGGGUGUUAACUGGAAGAAUAUGCCACGUCUGGAAGUGCCCCGUACUGGACAGGUGUUCGAACGAUAUCCUCUACAGCUGGACCAUCGGCCACAAGGAAGGUGACAUCGACAGCCAGAUGAAACUCGGCAACGCACUGUUUUCCGUCUUCGUGCUCAUUGACUUGGAGAGUGAUAAACGAGGUGUAGAAAGCUUAAGGCCGCUGUCUUCUCUUCUAGACGUGGUGCGUCCACCUACGGGAAGGGGAUCCACUGUAGAAGUCCACUCUACACCUUUUGGAUGUGAGGUAUUCUUAAAUGCAGUAACUCAAGGUUCGGUCUGCGGUGUGGUAGGCAAUAAGCCUUCCCUCCUGUUGACUGACGCGGCCACUGCGCUAGGGUCUGAGGGUGGACCGGUCUUCACUGAGGGACCUACUAAGCAGUUGAUAGGCAUAGUGGUAUGCAGCGUGUCGUGGUGCCGCGGCGAGUGGGUGGGGCUGACGCUGGUGGCGCCGCUGACGGCCGUGCUCGCCGCUAAGCUUCGCGUGCACGUCGGAGCACCUGAAGCACCUUUACAGCCGGCUCAUCCUUUGCAGCCUAUAUUAACGUCGCUGGACUCGUGCUGCGUGCUGGUGCGGUGCGGGGCGGCGUGGGGCGCCGGCGUGUACCUCGGCGCCGGCUACCUCGUCACCUGCUCGCAUGUCGUCACCUAUUACCAAUCAAACAAGCUGUCAGUAUACUGCAAGGGAGUGAGUGCUACUGCCAUAGUCCGGUACAAGACUCCAGACAAGAAGGCGUAUGAUCUAGCUCUGCUGUUCACUAACCCGGACUGGCUCGGUCACUUGAAGCCCGCUGUGCUGUCCAAUGUGCCCGCUGAGAGAGGUGAAUCAGUUCUGGCAGCUGGCUUUCCUUACUUCAACGAGUUUGACCUCACAAAUCUGGUGCCUACUAUAACGUCGGGUCACGUGAACUCAGUGUCGCCCUCUAUGAUACAGACUUCUUGCUGUGUGCAGUCCGGAUUCAGCGGAGGACCUAUUGUUAGGAUUAACAGGUCAAAGAAUCGAGCAGAAGUGAUAGGCAUAAUAGCUAUGAACGUGACGAUAGAAGGCGGUGGUGGCCCGAGCUUCCCCUACGUCAACCUGGCGGUACCUGUGACAGUGUUCAGCGAUGCCUUCGAACACUAUAUGCGUGAUAAAGAUGAUUCAAAACUAGCGUCGAUAGAGAACAACAAGGAUACGAUACAAUUACAAUGGAGGCUGAUGCCUUAUAGAUCAAAAAUUUAAUUUAUUUUUAAAGUUAUAAGUUUAUAACAUAGAGCAAAAUGUGACAUAAUUUGUAAGGCCGCGUGAUUCCAAUCUAUACAAGGGCACAACGCUCAGGUGUUCAUAUAUAGAUUGUAAAUAUGCGGGGAUACCUACACUACACCCCAAUACCAAUAAUGGAUGGACCAAUAUUAUUUAAGUUGAUGAUCAUGAUGGGAAAAGUUAUUAAAACUCAUACAGUUCCUAGAUAUGUGAUGAUGUGUUGUGAUGUCGAGACAGGAACUUUAUUAGCACAAUAAUAUUUUUGACAGUUUUGUAUGCUUAAAGGCAAAUUUCCGUGCAUCGGAGAGCACGUAAAUGUCGGUCCUGCGCCUGAUCUCUUUCCGGUCGUGUCGGAUUGCCGUCCCAUCGGGCUAUGAGAGUGAAGGAAUAAGGAGUGCACCUGUGUCUGCGCAAAUGCUUGUGCACUAUAAUAUGUCCUGCGCAGUUGGCUAAUCUCCUUACAUGAGAACAGCCGCCGUAGCCGAUAAUCGGCUAGGAGGACAUCAUCAUGCUUAAAGGCCUAUUCAAACCAGAGCGAUAUUCGCUGCCGCUGUGGGUAGAAGUACAUAACGCACGGGAGCAGCGGCAUGCAUCCCGAACAUGAACAGUAACAUUAUCGCAUACCCACAGGGUUUUCUCUGCCGCAGACGGUAGCGAAUACAGCUUAGGUCUGAAGGCCAGCUGAGGCCUUAAGUUUAACUGACACAUAAAUAUACUUACUUAUUAUGUGGAAGUGAUGAAACUGGUCAUUAUAUAUGUAUAGUAUACUGUAUAUACAUUAUCUAAAUAUGGGGAGGGUCGGAAUAAAUAACAAGUUUGAAAUAUUUUUAUUUUACUAAAAAUAUCGAGACUGAUAAUUGUUUUUUGUAUUUAGGUACCUAUCUACACAUUGAUGUUAAUUACAGAAAUAUACUUAUUUAUGCAUUGUUGUUAAAUGUUAAAGUUGAAGAGUGUUAAAUGUGUUAUGUAGGUACCUGUUGAUUAUUUAAGUUAUUAAAAACCAUUAUUUUUGUAAAA